CGCGUUGUCACUAACGCCUCCAAAAUCUAUUUAUGCUCAGCCCUCCCUCACUCUUUUAGCCUUUUUAUUCACAAUAAUAAGCAAAACAAAUUCUGAUUUUCCAUUACUGUUUCCUCUGCAACUGAAUAUGCAUCCAUUGUUCGCAAAACCCAAUUCCACUUACUGCAAAAUAAGGCCUUUUUUUCAGUAUGGAUUAUCGGAAAUAUAUUAUGGAAAGAGCAAGCUUUGGCAGUGGGGUUUUGUUUGCUAUGCUCAAGGAUUUAGAAACCUCAUAUUGGAGACUGUUCCUGACUAUGUCAGGGUGCAGAAGCUCUCUGGCUAUGAUUCAGGAAUCUAUGAGGUGAACUUAGACAGGCCGGGAGCAAAGAAUGCCAUUGGAAAGGAUAUGUUAAAAGGAUUGCAAAACACUCUGGAGGUUGUAAAUGGAGAUUCGUCUGCUCGUGUUUUAAUGCUUUGUAGCUUAGUUCCUCAAGUCUUUUGUGCUGGUGCUGACCUCAAGGAGCGUAAGAUCAUGAGCCCUCCCGAGGUUGAGUAUUUUGUGAACUCUUUACGCUCAACCUUCUCAUUUUUAGAGGCACUUUGUAUACCCACAAUUGCUAUCAUUGAAGGAGCAGCAUUGGGUGGUGGAUUGGAAUUGGCUUUAUCAUGUGAUCUACGGAUAUGUGGAGAGGAUGCAGUCUUUAGCAUGCCAGAGACAGGGCUUGCUAUAAUUCCUGGUGCAGGUGGCACCCAACGGCUUCCUAGGUUAGUUGGUAGAUCUGUAGCAAAAGAGCUGAUCUUCACUGGACGAAAGAUUUCUGGCAAAGAUGCAUUAUCAUUGGGCCUUGUCAACCACUGUGUCCCAUCAGGAGAAGCAUACUCAAAGGCUCUUGAAAUAGCCAGAGAUAUCAACCAAAAGGGGCCAUUGGCUGUUAGGAUGGCUAAACAUGCCAUAGAUCGAGGGUCGGACAUGGACUUGUCUUCAGGGAUGGCAGUUGAGCGGGAGUGUUACGGGCAAGUGUUGGAUUCAAGAGAUCGAUUGGAAGGACUAGUGGCCUUUGCUGAGAAAAGGAAGCCAAUUUACAGUGGCCAAUGAAAUGUUCCUUAUAAAUUAUUGUGCAUUGCACUCCCAAAUAUGGGAUUGUGUAUUAUAAAACCAUUAAUUUUUUAACAAGAAGGUCAUGAUCACCUUGGUUAUAAGAUGUGAAAUUGGGUGGCUAGGAGCGUGUCUUUUAUCCUCACAAAGUUUGACGAAAUUUUUGUUGGUAUGAGUGUUGUGAAUUGUACACCCUCAGCCAUCCAAUUUCACACAACUUAGAGAAUAAUUGUGACCUUCUGCCAAAGGUAAAUGAUCUUUCUGUAUGUUCUUUUGCUCCAAUUUUGAUUGAUUAAGUUCAAUUAUGCUCUUCACUUUGGAUGCUCUUCACAUAAACCCUGAAUAAAGGAAUAUGGUAAUAUUUAAGAACUUA